AUGAANACGAAAAUUUACGAAAAUCUUAAACAAGAAAUACGUUCGUUAUUAAUUAGUUCACCAAAAACCAAAUAUGGAGGUUUGACAGGUGCAUUAUUAUAUUAUGAUUAUAAAGAAUUAAAUUGUGGAAAAGAAAUUCCAUAUGUUGAACUUGGUUUUCAUUCAUUGUUGGCUUUGUUACGUUCCAUGCCGGAUGUUGUAACGAUUGAAUAUAAAUUAAAUAGUUGUUCGUAUCGAGUUCAUCCAGUUUUCAAUGAGAAAAUAGCACAUAUUCAAAAAAUGGUUUUAGAACAAAAUGAUAAAUAUGAAGAACAAAAUCGAUUAUAUAAUUAUAAUUGGCAUUUUAAUAAUUCUAAUACAAUGAAUUCAACAAAUUGUAACAGUCUUCUCUUUAUCCUCACAAUGAUCUUUCAUUCAAACAGAAAUCUUCAUCUUAUUAAAUUUCAAAUAUUCUAUUUAGCUGAAAAUACAUUUAAUUAUAUGAAAUCAAAUUUUCAAAUUCGUGCUUAUGAAAUACCAAAGCAUUUUCAAGGAGAAAAACGAAUAUAUUCUAAUAAGUCAAAAGAAAAGAUGAAUUUUCAAUCGAUUGAUUUAUCUUCUCAUCUUUCGUCAACGUUAUUUGAUCAUCAUGAAAUUUCUUCAACUCCAAAUACAUUCAUUGAAACUUCUCCGAACUUUGAUCUUGAGAAUUAUCAAUUAGAUCAAUCAUUAAAUACUUGGAACGCAUGUACACAUGAUGAAAAUAAAUUUUCAAUAAUAAUUGAUAAAGUAUCUAUGAGUACUGAAUAUUCUCCCGCAACGCCGGCAUUGAUUGUUGAACAAGGUAAGUUUCUCUCUAUAAUUAACGACACGAACACAUAA